GCCUGGUCUGCAUUGUAGCAUCGUAUCUAGGUAAGGUUGAGCUGGGGGCAGGGACAGGCCUGGUCGGCAUUGUUGCAUCGUAUCUAGGCAAGGUUGAUCUGGGGGCAGGGACAGGCCUGGUCGGCAUUGUUGCAUCGUAUCUACGCAAGGUUGAUCUGGGGGCAGGGACAGGCCUGGUCUGCAUUGUGGCAUCGUAUCUAGGUAAGAUGGAGCUAGGGACAGGCCUGGUCGGCAUUGUGGCAUCAUAUCUAGGUAAGAUGGAGCUGUACAGGCACAGUAAGGUGGAGCUGGGGCAGGGACAGGCCUGGUCGGCAUUGUUGCAUCGUAUCUAGGUAAGAUGGAGCUAGGGACAGGCCUGGUCGGCAUUGUGGCAUCGUAUCUAGGUAAGAUGGAGCUGUACAGGGACAGUAAGGUGGAGCUGGUGGCAGGGACAGGCCUGGUCGGCAUUGUGGCAUCAUAUCUAGGUAAGGUGGAGCUAGGGACAGGCCUAGUCGGCAUUGUUGCAUCGUAUCUAGGUAAGAUGGAGCUAGGGACAGGCCUGUUCGGCAUUGUGGCAUCGUAUCUGGGUAAGGUGGAGCUAGGGGCAGGGACAGGCCUGGUCGGCAUUGUAGCAUCGUAUCUAGGAAAGGUGGAGCUGGGGGCAGGGACAGGCCUGGUCGGCAUUGUUGCAUCGUAUCUAGGUAAGGUGGAGCUAGGGGCAGGGACAGGCCUGGUCUGCAUUGUUGCAUUGUAUCUAGGUAAGGUGGAGCUAGGGACAGGGACAGGCCUGGUCGGCAUUGUGGCAUCGUAUCUAGGUAAGGUGGAGCUGGGGGCAGGGACAGGCCUGGUCGGCAUUGUUGCAUCGUAUCUAGGUGGUCAUGUGACUGUGACAGAGAGGAGAGAAGCAAUGCCUAAUCUCCGAAAGACGGUGAACUCCAACACAGUGGACAGCUGCCCGGGCAGUAUCACAGCGAAGGAACUGGACUGGACCACAGACUUGUCACCUCACCCACAGUAUGACGUCAUUCUCGGGGCUGAUAUCGUCUACAUUGAGGACACAUUCCAGGCGUUGCUGAGGACACUGGUGCACACAGCGAGAGAGGACACUGUUGUCCUCCUCUCAUGCCGCAUCAGAUAUGACAGAGAUCUACACUUCCUCACACUCCUUGAGAGCCACUUUGUUGUGGAGCAAAUACAUUAUGAUAAAAGUCGCGAUAUAAAAAUAUUUUCUGCCAAAAAAAUAAAGACAAAGACUUAGAAA